GCAGACCAAUAAAGCUAAAUGGGUCCAGUCACUGGAAUGACUCCAGAUAAGAAAGCUGAAACGCCAGGAGCAGAAAAAGCUGCAGGACUACGGCAGUGUCAUGGGAUGGGAAGCUUGCCCGAUGCAGGCGAUGCCGGCAGGCCAAAGGCCACUGUGGUGGACAGAGAUUCAGCAGAUGAUGAACUCACAAAUUUGAACUGGCUGCAUGAAAGUACUAACCUUCUAACAAACUUCAGCCUCGGAAGUGAGGGUCUUCCAAUUGUUAGUCCCUUAUAUGACAUUGAGGGUGACAACGUGCCAUCCUUCUCACCGUCCUGCUACCAGAACCCCGAAAAAAAAUCCUCCACUUCCAAACCCCCUUACUCUUUCAGCCUUCUCAUUUACAUGGCGAUCGAGCAUUCCCCCAACAAGAGCUUGCCAGUCAAAGAAAUCUACAGCUGGAUCCUGGAGCGCUUCCCCUACUUCGCCACGGCACCCACCGGCUGGAAGAACUCGGUCCGACACAACCUCUCCUUGAACAAGUGUUUCCGAAAGGUGGAGAGAAGCCAUGGCAAGGUGAAUGGAAAAGGUUCGUUAUGGUGCGUUGAUCCAGAAUAUAAGCCUAAUCUUGUCCAAGCGCUGAAAAAGCAGCCUUUUCCCUCAGCACUUGCAUUUUAUACUCCGCCGGCGUCACCACCAAGUAGGUCAGCGUCCCCUCACUACCUAACUUCAGUCCUUCAGCAGAAUCAUGGCCGAUCUCUCAAAG